GGGAGAUAUAAAGACUUCUAGUCCCAGUAAGAUGAUGACUUUUUCUACAUUCCUCAGCUACUCAUUUCUCGUUGAAUACAUCACACCAAAAUGGAAGCCAAACAAAACCUCAAGUACGCCAUCAUCGGCGGCGGCAUUGCCGGAUUGACUCUGGCCAUUGCCCUUCACCACCGCGGUGUAUCUGUCAAAAUCUACGAGCAAGCACCACAGUUUGGAGAGAUCGGUGCGGGCGUCUCUUUUACCCCUAACGCGGUACAGGCAAUGCGGAUGUGUCACCCGGGCGUCGAAGCAGCCUUCGAGAAGGUCUGUACGCGCAACAUGUGGCCUUCGAAGCAAAAGGUCUGGUUUGACUACUACGACGGCCAAGCAAAGGACGUCGAAGCCAAGGCGCAGAAGCCCGCGUUUUCCAUUAGCAACAACCUCGGCCAGAACGGCGUUCAUCGUGCGCGUUUCCUUGACGAGCUUGUCAAGCUGGCUCCCCCUGAGCUUGCAUCCUUUGGGAAACGACUUGAAAAGUUCGAACAGGCCGAGGAUGGACAAUAUACUCUGUUCUUCUGCGACGGAUCGACCGCGCAGGCCGAUGCUAUUCUGGCUUGUGACGGCAUCAAAUCCCAAGUCCGCCGGUGUCUCUUUGGUGCGGACCACCCCUGCGCAUUUCCUUCCUACACACACAAGUACGCCUAUCGGGUACUGGUGCCGAUGGAGGAUGCGGAAAAUGCCAUCGGGAAAGAGAAAGCCCAAAACGCGGGCAUGCAUAUGGGCAAAGGCGGCCAUAUUCUAACGUUUCCCGUGAACCAUGGAAAGACGCUGAAUGUUGUUGCCUUUCAUACUACUUCAAGUGACUGGCCUGACAGCUCGAGGCUGGUGGCACAAGCUACGCGCGAAGAUGCUCUCCGGGAUUUUGCUGGGUUCGGAGAUACCGUUACAAGUCUGCUGAAGUUGGCAACGCCAACCCUUGAAACUUGGGCUAUUUUCGACUUGGGAAAGAAUCCUCCGCCUGCAUUUGCCCGAGGCCGCGUUUGCCUGGUUGGCGACGCCGCGCACGCAACGUCGCCGCAUCACGGCGCAGGUGCGGGAAUGUGCAUCGAAGAUGCCGCUGUGCUCGCCCAUCUCCUGUCAGACCCAAUUGUGACGGGCCGCGGUGAAGUUGAGCGAGCGCUUGAAGUGUACGAUAGCGUACGGCGAGAACGCGGAUCAUGGUUGGUUCAGAGCAGCAGCCAUAUUGGGAACACGUACGAGUGGCUGGCGGAAGGAAUCGAGGAUGAUCUGGUCAAAAUCGAGGCUGAGAUUAAUCUCCGCAAUGGCCUUAUUGCCAAUGUCAAUGUGGCAGAGAUGUGCCAGGCGGCGCAGGCUGAGUUGGCAACGAGAUGCAGGGCUGGGAUGAGUGAACUAGCUAGGAUUUGAACAUGGCUGGAGGGGACACUUUACUGUAUAAAAACCCCCGCUCUGCUCUACGCAAUGAUUUAAUGUUACAAUCCUCCCUUCUCUAUAACGAUAUUUUUCCGCUACCCACAUUCGUCAUGAUAAAUUAGGUUGCAACUGGAACAACUCUAACCAAGUCAUAUCCGUCGACUGCGUGUUCAAGUACAGCUCGCUGAAUCCAUCCAUACCAAAUGCAUCCGCCAUAUCUGGGCCAUGAUGUUCGCCAACUUCUGGCCCAGCCGCCGGGGUCAGGCUCCCACCUAAUGUCGGAGUCAAAUCAGAUCCGACUAGGUCUCUCGAAGGCUCGUCUAAGUAUGACGCGCGUUAGACGUGAG